GAACAUAACUGACAGGACACUGUUACCAUUAACAUGAUGACCAGUCUCUAUUGGUUUUGCCUUCUGGCUGGUCAGGUCAUCAAUGGAUUUCAAAAUAUUGUAACACCAAGCUGUCGGCCGGAAAUGACCGUUUGUCGUUUUGAAUGGACAUUGGACAGCAAACAAACCAUGGUUCAUUAUGAACCAGAUGGGACUGGGUAUCCUGUUAUAAUCGAUAAUGGAACUUUGUACAUCCGGGAAACUUGUCGGACGUCGAAACCAAUAACGCUACAAGAUUUGGAAGAUGUGUCAUUAACCGAUGGUCAGGAUAAACUAAUCUACACGAUCAAUGGCCAGUACCCUGGACCAUCCAUCGUGGUAUAUCAAGGUCAACAGGUAGAGGUGGUGGUGAAGAACAAGCUGUUGUCGGAGGGCGUCACUAUACAUUGGCAUGGCCUCACCCAGAAGGGUACGCCCUGGAUGGACGGGGUUGGAUCUCUCUCCCAUUGUCCUAUAAACCCAGAGGAAACGUUCGUAUAUAGCUUCGUGGCUGAUCCAGUCGGUACUCAUUGGUAUCAUUCCCAUCACGGAGCUCAGAGAUCGGAGGGACUUGCGGGCGCACUGAUUGUCCUUGACAGGAAGGAGUAUGGUGAGGAGGAAGCAGAUCAGAGUCAACAGACGGAGUAUAUCAUGUUCUUACAAGACUGGUUUCAUAGAUCGUCAACCGAAUUAAACAAAUUCCUCGCCUGGGGAAUGCUACAAUUUCUACGGGGAUUCGAUCAGGAUCAAUGCUUUGCACCAUAUUUUGGAGCUGACCAGGAAAACGUUGGUUUUAUUCCCUUUGAAUCUGUGCUGAUCAAUGGGAAAGGAAACCGGUUUCUUACCAGUAUGAUGAAGGAAAGUUUACCGUGGACAGUGGAGACAUUCAGUGUAAUAGUUAAUGGAACUUACAGGUUCCGCGUGAUCAACGCCGCCAUGACGUAUUCAUUACAAGUUUCAGUAGAUCAGCAUGAAAUAGAGGUUGUUUCCGUGGAUGGGAACGGAGUCGUUGGUGUAAGAGGAGAUGCUGUAAUCAUCAAUGGCGGGGAGCGAUUUGAUAUGUUGGUACGGACCGACAAGCAAGUUUCCAGUUACUGGAUACGGGUAACCACUCUGGCGGACGGCGGACAGAAUAAGACGAUGGCUAUACUACGGUAUGAGGGAUCAGAUUCCAUCCUCCCUGUAACGGAAGGGAUGGCAUGUGAUGCUAGUAGACGCUGCUUGGUAGUGAACUGCAUGUUUGGCCAGUAUCCUGACGAUCAUUUUACUGACUGUGUAUCACUUGGUGAUAUGAAAUCAACACCAGAGGAGAUUAAACAACAUCCAGUUUCCAUUGAGCAAUCUGCAGACGCAUUUCAGGAAAUAUUUCUCAACUUUCAUUACACUCGUGGUUCUCCGAACCCUUUUCCCACCUCAGUCAAUGGGAAAAGGUUUGUCCGGCCUUCUGUACCACUACAAUUACUACCUCAGGGUAAUGGUACGCACAUAGCAUGUGAUGCGGUAGAAUGUCGCGAUCUGUGUGACUGUACCAAUAUCGUCAAAUUAGGCAUCAACAACACAAUUCAGUUGGUUCUCCUUAAUAUGGAUACCAGUAGAGCUGGUCUCAGCCAUGGGAUUCACAUACAUGGCCAUCAAGUUCACGUCCUUAAGGUCGGCUACCCGAAAUACGACAAUUCUACUGGGAGAAUCACUGAGCAGAAUGCUGACAUCCUCUGCGACACUCCAGUCUGUAACAACGCUAGUUGGCAAAAUUCGUCCUGGGCUGGUGGAAAUCUGCCAGAAGCCAAUCUUGUGAAUCCAGCAUUGAAGGACACAGUUUUACUCCCCCGUCAAGGCUACGUGGUAGUAAGGUUCAAAGCCGAAAACCCAGGAUUUUGGUUCGUACACUGUCACAUGGAGCCUCACCAGAUAUCGGGCAUGUCACUCAUUCUACAAGAGGGAGAUGGUGAACAGAUGCCGACGCCUCCUUCAACACUUCCUGGAUGUAAUAACUUCUUCUCAACAGAUGAUUCGACAGAUCUUCCAAAGGCGACCAGCCUAUUGGGUAAUGUCAUGUCACCAGACCUAGGACAAGUGACUGAUUCCAAGUCGUGUGCAACUCGGAGCCGAGCGUAUUGGCAGUACUUUAAAACUACUAAAGCAGGAUACAUUGCGGGGAUAUGUGUCCUGUGUGUACUUAACACUGUUACUAUCGGGGUACUUUACAUAGCAGUCAAAUACACCACAGUUAAAGUGGGUAACAACGACACUACCAAACGUCACCGGAGGAUAGAGAUCAAUGAAAGGACCGAACCAGAGGCAUUCGUGUCUCCUAGGAACAGGAGAGAGAAGAACCUAUAUACACCUCUAUAAUAUCUAAAGCUCUAUAAAUAACUACACCUAUGGGAUAGGAUAUUCAUUAUUGUUCGAUAGACACUGGGUCACCUCAAUAAUCAUAUGACGUAUACCCCGUAGAAUGUAGAACGUUUUUUUUUUAUAAUGGAUGUAUGCAUACGCAAGUCAUUCAUGUGAACGAGCAUUGUUUUGGUUUGGUUACCACUAGUACUGUACAAAAGUAAAUCCUGUCAAUAUUUAUUCGCAAUUAUAGAGACAAUAUUCGUUCUAGUUAUAUGUACAACGGGAACUAUAUGUCGGAACUCCUUUUCACUAAGUUAUCAGAGUUCGGGAUGACGAAAUUUGACUGAAUCAGUUUCAGUGACGUAACCGUACAGAUUUAAAGAAAUCUCGAUCAGCAAGAAAGCAGUAUACUUGCACGACAAAAGAAAAUGAUAAUGACUAGAAAAACUAAUCAUAAAGAAAUACUAUUAUUAUAGCAACAUUGAAAGUUUUAAAUUGUCUGAUGUCUAUAUGCCCUUGUUUCCUUUAAAACUAUGUCCUGGUAUGGCCAUGAUGUCAAAACUGUUUUGUUUAAUGAUGUAUGAGAAAACUCAGUCUGUUAAAUAUAUUCUAGAUACUGCUGAAAUGAGAUUUUGUGCUUUUAUUAUAGGCUGUCAACAUUUUAAGACUUGCAUUAUAACAUUAUUUUAUAAAUAGAUAAUAUAUCAUUAUUGUAACGACUAUCAAGAUUAAAUACAUAUCGGCUACA